AUGCGAAGGAUCCUCGCACAGAUAACGAUCUGCUUGGUGUUGAUCGAAACGCCGAACGUUUGGUGCAAAUUAUCCAGCUACAAAGCAAUCGUUCCACCGGUAAAGAUAAAAUCGGAUGAGAUGGCCAAAUUUGCGGAAGUGAAUUAUGAUGACUAUCCGAUGGUAGUACCGAAACGGGCGGCCAUGCUGCUGGACCGACUCAUGGUGGCACUGCACCAUGCACUGGAGAAAGGUGACGGCGAGGAUGGCAGUGGGCGACCAAUCAACAAGGUGUAUCGGGACGGACGCUACACUGGCAAACCCACGGUUGCGCUAGCACCGGCCAAAAUACCACCACCGCCGAGCAAAACGGAGCAACUGAUGAAAAGCUAUUAUGCCGAAGCGGACGCAGACGCGGAGGCCGAAGACAGGGUGGCCAACUCCAUCCCGGACGAGAUCGAUGACAUCGAGGCGCGGAAGGAGUUGCUGGACGAAAUGAUGGACAUCCAAACCCGGGGCACCGAAGACAAAACCAAGAAGGGCAGAUACUGGAAAUGCUAUUUUAAUGCGGUCAGUUGUUUUUAAAGCCAACGCAAAAAGGAACAACGUCGAAGCAGUUAGUGCGUGAUUUCCAAGCUAGUUGGUACCAAUUAUAUAGCAAGCCAUCGAAAGAAGUUAGCCCCUAAGAAGAAGUCAAUAGCUGCAAAGAUUCCACUGGGUGCUACGGACGGUGGAGCA